AAGAAAGCUAAGAAAGCAGAAGGGAGGAGAGGAAGAAGGAGGCUGGCCGGUGAUGAGUAACCAAUGGGAGCAGCCCCAGUGAGCUGCAGCAGCUGAGCAGACAAGCUGAGGCUUUCCGAGUUGCACAGCGUUGGAGUCGCUUUCCUCUCUGAGGACAUGAGGGCAGCUGUGCUGGGAGCGCUCGCAAACUCCCCAUUUUCCGCCUCCCAAAAAUAAGUUCGUUGGCAGCAGUUAGGGCAAGUCAGCCAAGAUUUAACAUGCUCGUCUCCUGGACAACAUAAUGAGGAUUUCCACAGAGACUCUGCUAAGACAUAUUUUCUUUUCAGGAUGUAAAUACAGUCUUAAUUUCUGAAAAUCAAUAAAAGUAAUGGAUGCUCAAAGAAGAAGACAAUGCUGGACUGUUUUGCCAGAUCAAAUUUAGCUACAUAGCAAGUACACCUGUCUGCUGGAUUACAAACUUACAAGGCAAAGAAAAAGGAAACAUUUCCUACCAUGAGAUUUACAAGUACAUCUGGUAUCUGUCCUGUUCUAGUCUGCCUCUGUUUUGUGCAAAGAUGUUAUGGAGCAACACAUCACACCUCCAUAAAGGUUAGCAGAAAUCAAACCAAACAUAUAGAAGGAGAGACAGAAGUUCACCAUCGGCCAAAACGUGGAUGGGUUUGGAAUCAGUUCUUUGUUUUAGAAGAACACAUAGGACCAGAGCCUCAGUAUGUGGGAAAGCUACAUUCAAAUUCAGACAAAGGUGAUGGAUCAGUGAAAUAUAUUUUAACUGGUGAAGGAGCGGGGACUAUAUUUGUAAUUGAUGACACAACGGGGGAUAUUCAUGCAAUGAAAAGUCUAGACCGGGAACAAAAAUCGCAUUAUGUUCUACACGCCCAAGCUAUUGACAGAAGAACCAACAAGCCCCUUGAGCCAGAAUCAGAGUUCAUUAUUAAAGUACAAGAUAUCAAUGACAAUGCACCAGAAUUUCCUGAUGGACCCUAUAUUGUCACAGUUCCAGAGAUGUCUGACAUUGGUACCUCUGUUAUUCAGGUGACAGCUACAGAUGGGGAUGACCCUACAUAUGGAAACAGUGCCAGAGUUGUAUACAGCAUUCUCCAAGGACAGCCGUAUUUCUCUGUUGAUCCCAAAACAGGAGUCAUCAGGACAGCAUUACCUAAUAUGGACAGAGAAGCCAGAGAGCACUAUUCCGUUGUUAUUCAAGCCAAGGAUAUGGCAGGUCAAGUUGGCGGACUAUCUGGGUCAACUACCAUCAAUGUUACACUCAUCGAUGUCAAUGAUAAUCCACCAAGAUUUCCUCAAAAACAUUAUCAGCUUUAUGUUCCUGAAUCAGCUCAAGUGGGUUCAGCAGUUGGCAAAAUCAAGGCAAAUGAUGCAGACAUUGGACUAAAUGCUGACAUCAGGUACUCAAUCAUCAAUGGUGAUGGUGUUUUCUCCAUAUCUACUGAUAAAGAAACAAGGGAGGGAAUCCUUUUACUCAAAAAGCCAUUAAACUAUGAAAAAAAGAAGCUAUAUUCACUAAACAUAGAAGGAGUAAAUACUCACUUGGACUCAAGAUUUUCUCACUUGGGACCUUUUAAAGACACAACAAUUUUAAAAGUCAUUGUUGGUGAUGUUGAUGAAGCACCUAUGUUUACAAAAUCUUUCUAUGAGAUGGAUGUUUAUGAGAACUCAGACAUUGGAACCAUAGUGGGAAUUGUAACAGCAUAUGAUCCAGAUAGUACAAGUAGCUCAGUAAGAUAUUCAAUUGAUAACAACUUGCAAGAAGAGAGAAUUUUUGAAAUUGACAAAAACAGUGGAGUGAUUAGGACAACAAAACAAUUGGAUCGAGAGGAAAGUCCCUGGUAUAAUAUUACAGUGGCAGCUUCAGAAACAGCUGACAAAAAUAAGUCUGGGAAAGGUGCACCUAUGUUGACUGUGUUGGAUGUUAAUGACAAUGCCCCAUAUAUUGGCAAUGAAGAUAUACUCGUUUGUGAAAAUGCAAGGCCAGGCCAGGCUUUUCAUACUCUCACAGCCAUAGAUAGAGAUGGCACUGCAAAUGGGCAAAGAGUUUAUUUUUCUCUUGAAGAGGGACAUGCACCAAACCCAAACUUUACCAUAAGGAAUAAUGAAGAUAACACAGCCAGCAUUUUAGCAAGGAGACGAAGAUUUAGUAGAACAUCUCAAGAUCUUUAUUAUCUUCCUAUUGUUGUCACUGAUGGUGGAAACCCAUCUUUAAGUAGUACCAGCACCUUGACCAUUAGAGUAUGUGCAUGUGAAAGAGAUGGCCGAGUGCGAACGUGCCAUGCUGAAGCCUUUCUCUCAUCUGCCGGACUUAGCACUGGAGCCUUAAUUGCGAUUUUGCUAUGUGUUGUUAUUCUACUUGCCAUUGUAGUUCUCUUUAUAACACUAAGAAGAGGAAAAAAAGAACCUUUAAUUAUUUCUGAAGAAGAUGUCCGGGAGAAUGUGGUUACAUAUGAUGAUGAAGGUGGUGGAGAAGAAGACACAGAGGCUUUUGACAUUUCAGCACUUCGCAACCCAUCUGCUGCAGAGGAUUUAAAAUACAGAAGAGAUGUAAGGCCAGAAGUAAUGUGUACUCCAAGACACCAAGAUCAGUCCGAUAUUGAAACAGUUAAUGUUUUGGAAUUUCUUAACCAAAAGCUGGCUGAGGCAGAUUGUGACCCAAGUGUUCCUCCAUAUGACUCAUUACAGACAUAUGCUUAUGAGGGCCAAAGGUCUGAAGAAGGCUCUAUCAGCUCUCUAGAUUCAUUAGGGACACCAUCUGACCAGGAUUAUACUUACCUGGAUGACUGGGGACCAGAGUUUAAAAAACUAGCGGAACUCUAUGGAGAAAAGGAGUCUGAAAGAACAACAUAGUUUAAUACAAAAACUGUUUUAUUUACAAAUCAACUUGAAGCAUAACCACAAGAAAAACAAUAAAUCCAUACUUGGAACUCAGCAAGCUGUUCACUUUUACUGUAGAAGCAAGUGCCAUUUUCAUAUAUAAAACUGGGUUUCAGAUUUUGAAAAAAAUACAGAAGCAAAAACUAUUUUCCCUUGUGUAUAUUUUUUAAUUGAUCAAUAAAGUCGGCCGUUCCACAACCAUACAGGAUAUGCAAAA